AUGUCAGCUUCUUCGGGUCCAACUCGACAGGAACCAAAGUUGGGAUCACGAUUAAGCUCAAAGAAGAGAAGAAAGCCACAUAGAACAGGUCCGCCUCCUCAAUGCGUAAUAGAAAGAAUGGAACUGUGGAGCAAAGGAGCGCAUCGUGCGCUGGUGCCAAUGGACAGCCAAAUGGAGAACGUAUCGCCCGUAGGAGUGGAACUAGUGGAAUCUGCUUCCAGCCACAGAAUGUUUACUCAGAUGGACGUCCUUAGGUUCAUGAAAGAACACAGUGCCGAUCGUGAGCUUCAGAGUGUUCCUUCACGCUCUGUUCACCAACUCGCCGCCAUUAACCACGACGUCUACGCCAUUACCGAUCGCACCAAGCUCAUCGACGCCAUUAAGUGCCUUAAAACCGCCAUGCUAAACGCCGUCCCUAUCGUCACAUCCUCUGAUUCUGUCGACCAACAAGAUCACAACCACCUUGUUCACGGGAGAGGGAGGAAGCUGAUAGGAACAUUUUUUGCGACUGAUUUGAGAGGAUGUUACGUGGUGACAUUGAAGUCGUGGUUGGGUAUGAGUGCGCGUGCUUUCACUGAGGAGGUUGGGACGAACCCACUCUACUCGCCCAACAACAACGCUGCUGCCACGUGGAAGAGGGAGCUGGUGACGUGUCAAGCUGAGUCGCCAUUGUCUGAGGUGAUAGAGAAGGCAGUGGGUAAGCACGUGCACAGGGUGUGGGCGGUGGAUCAGGAUGGUUUGCUAGUGGGGCUUGUGUCUCUCACUGAUGUUAUUCGAGUAAUAAGGCUUUCUCUUGUAUCAGAUUGA